AUGUCUUGUAGAAGUUUUCCAAUUUGGAUGAUGGCCAUUCAAAAAAGGUCAAUAAAUAUUACACCUGUCAUUAAAAAUGUUAAUGAUUAUCUUAAGUUGAAGUCUAAUAAUUUAUUUAAAGUUGCUAGAGCUACUAGGAAAUCUAAAACUUAUGAUGAGAGUACACAUAUUGAUGAGCAAAAAGCUAUGGCUGAAUUUAAAUUAGAAAGUUUUCACUUGAGUGACUUACCAAAGAAAUCUCACAUGAAAUUAGAUUACAGACAUAGUUUAUAUUCAGUACAUGAUGUAUAUUUGAAAGCAUUAGAAGUACAUGGAUCUCGUGAUGCGAUACACGCUUUACGUACACCAUUGGUAACGACAGGUUUUAAAUUAUCAGAUCAAGAAAAGAUGCGUUUAAGAAUGCGUGUAGAAUCUAUAACAAAUGAAAGUCAAGGAAUGGGAGCUGGAAGUAAAUCAUUAUUUGCUGAAGCUAUACAUAGUACUAUGGAUACAUUAAAUCAACUUAUAUUAUUACUUGGUAUUAGAUUUUCUAACAAAAAUCCAGAUCCUAAUUUUCCUUAUGGUUAUGGUAACAUGAGAUAUGUAACUGCUUUAAUAAGUGGUUGUGGUAUAUUAAGUUUUGGUUGUGGCUUAUCAAUAUAUCAUGGAGUUAGUGGAUUACUUCAUCCUCCUGAAGCAAUGGAAUCAAUAGCAUAUGCAUAUUAUGCAUUAAUUACUUCACUUUGUUUUCAGGGAACCUCUGCAUUAACCGCUUUUACAGAGGUAAGAAAUAAGGCUAAUAAAGCUAAAAUGAGUAUUAUAAAUUAUGUUAAAACUUCUGCUGAUCCUUCAUUGAAUGUUGUUUUGUUGGAAGAUACCGCUGCAGUUACUGGUGUUUUAAUAGCUUUAUCUUCUGUUACAUUAUCACAUGUACUUGAAUCACCAAUACCUGAUUGUUGUGGAUCAAUUUUAAUUGGAACAUUAUUAGGAGUUGUAGCUUCAUUUAUUAUUAGAACAAAUGCUCAUCAUCUUGUUGGUAGAUCUCUUCCAACUAGAAUAACAGAUGACAUUGUGGCACGUUUAAAUAAUGAUCCAGUUGUAAGGGCUGUUCAUGAUGUUAAGACAACAUCAAUGGGUGUAGAACAUUCUAGAUUUAAAGCUGAAAUUGAUUUUGACGGUAAAGAAAUAACAAGAAAUUAUUUAAAGACAGUUGAUGUUCCAUUAUUAUUAGAAGAUGUCAAAAAAUUUGAAAAACCAGAACAAUUAGAGAAAUUUAUGGUAGUUCAUGGAGAGAAGGUCAUUGAUAGAAUUGGAGACGAAGUAGAUCGUUUAGAAACAAAAAUUAUGAAACGACAUAGAGACAUUCGACAUGUUGAUUUAGAAAGUUUGUAA